UAGUUAUGCAAUUUGUUGCAUUAUGUGGUUGAAGGUGCAGCUUGACAUGGGUGAUUGCGUAAGGAAGUUCCGGUUAUAACAGAAGAGUCCGGCCAAGGUCCGACCGCACAAAAGUUAUUUCGUUUAGGAUCCGGAUAAAUUAUUAAGCGCCUUGUUCUCUGUUUAUGUUUCUGCCCCACUGUUCGUCCUUCCUCUUCUGAAAGCCUCUCGGACGGCUCCUCUCUUCUGCUCUUAAUCUCUCUCUGAUGGCAUCGAUCUCGACCUCCGGUGGUGAAGCGGCCAAUGAACCCGCCUCCCUCGACGAACUCUACAACAUUAACCUCGUCCCCUCGGAGCUUUACCUCAAGUUCCGCAAAGAGGUCGAGGGUUUACGCGUUGGCCUCAAUCUAGAGUUCUUUAAUUUUCAGGGCAACGAAUACCAAGCAAAGAUAGUUCUAAAGCCAUUGACUGCUGCUCGAAAGUGGAAGUUUAUAUACGAGCCCCUCCAUGGGGAUAUACGGUUGCUAUCCACGAAGAUUCCUAUUACCAAAUAUUUGAAUCUCCAGGUAGGCAUAGGCCAUAAUUUCCAUUUAAAUGCAACUGGAUGGAAAUGGAAGCUUUCUACAUGCUUGGGUGGAGAUGGUGUUUCCCAGAUUAGAAACAAAACAACCGUUGGCUUGUUCCCAGGGUUUGAUUUGAGAAUCGGUUGGAAAGCCGAAUACAUCCUUCCUGAGAUUCAAGGGGCUGUGGGCACUGGAGAACCUAUUUUCAAUAUGAACUAUGGACGCUUGCAAGCAUCGAUAGAUAGAGUGGAGGCUAUCUUAACUCAUGCAAACUGAUUCUUGAUAAUGUGAUAUGACAAGUCUUUCUGCUAGAUACUAGAUGUGAGUUGCAGCUUUCAGAAUGGUCUACCUUGAUCAAGAUUGGUUGAUUUUUUAGAUAUGAGGGGCAGUCACGAUUGCUGAUUAUGUAUAAAAUCGAGAGCAUACCAAACAAGGUCUCCAUGCAAAUAGUCAUGAUGUUGUAUCAUGAUUGAGUUGUCAAGUUAAAUUAUGAUUAUGAUCUUCGGUUAAUGUACAGUAUACAGUAUUUGCAUGUAAACGAUUUUUAAAGUAAGGUUUUAGCUUAAUCGAUUAUAAUGACUUUUAAGAAUCAAA